AGGUUCUCCUGUACGAAGCCAUGCUUGGAUUUUAAUAGCCAUGUUUCAACUUGCCAUGGAUUUCUCAUCUUGUGAAUCUUUGGGCCGAGACCAUCGGCACCAGUCUUUGCAGAGACCUGCCCGCUGGCAUGGGUUCCCUCACCAUCUUUUGUGGAGCUUUAGGUCUGGACCACAAGCCAGAAAGCCUGGGCUUCCAGGGAGCCUUGAUUUCCCCUACUUGGAACAAUCCGAUGGACAUCUGGCCAACCUAUACCAUUUCAAAAGGCUACGUAAUGUCGCGGACCUCUUUUGGGAAAGCAGGCGAACGCCGUCUUUCACCCACAUGAAACCAAACCCUCCCCUGGCAGACAGGAGUACCGUGUCCCAGACUUACUUGAAAAGAAGGAAAAGGUUCCUCCAAGCAAAUAGCAAGCCAACGCUGGAGACUGAGGUGAUAGUAUGGGGAUCCACAAGCCCAUUGGAAGCCCUGGAGACCAGCACCCUUCCCAGGAUUUAUAAUGGCCCUGCCACCUCAGUUUUGGAAAGUGUGACCAGCAGUAUGACCACCACCACCACCAUCACCAUCACCACCACAACAGCUGCUUCUUCAACCGUACAGUCCAAAGGACCUGGUCCAGGGGUUGGUGCACCUAGGAACCACCCCAGUGGGAUCAGCACACUGCUGCCACCGUCGACUUCUGGUGGUAGCAAGAAAAAAGCUGAAGGUCCACCACCGCCACCUAAAAUACCAGGAGACACUUCAG